AUGGUCAAGCAAAAGGAUGUCCAUAGACUCUUUAAGCAAGCCAUGAUAUCACGUAGAUGUGUUACCGAAGAGCUCGCAACAAUAUUAUGGAAAAAAUGUGAAGAAGCCUGUCGAAGUCUCAAUGAAAACAUUCCAUCUCAGUUUGAGGCCGCAGAAAUCGGGACAUACAUACAAGAGAUAAAUGACACGAUCACGCCCCUUUCUCUUGAGUUCAAGUCCCGUAUCGACGAAGUUACUGGCAAGCGGAUGUGGGCGCUGAUUGAGUUGGUCGUCCUGGCUCCAGCAGAUGCCUAUUCAGUAUCUUCUCUUGCUGCAAUCCGGGAGGUCUCCAACAUGAAAGCUUCAAUGACAAAGUCACAAGCUGAAGCCGCCCUUUCCAAUUUUGUGGCCAAUGGAUGGCUUUAUCGAAGCGACCGGGGUAGAUACGCAUUGUCGACGCGUUCCCUCAUCGAAUUAGAGAUUUAUUUACGCCGGACAUAUGAAAACGACGUUCCUGAAUGCUCCUAUUGCACCGAACUGGUUACAUUGGGAGUUGCUUGCAAUAAUGACGAUCAGAGUUGUCGAGCAGUCCUUCAUCGGCAUUGCUAUGAUCUUUUGCGGCGUUCACCAAACAACUUCAAAUGCCCUCUCUGUAAAGCUGAUUGGGCCCAAGGAGGAGCA